CCAAGCCCCUUAUGCUAAGCUCAAAGGAGCAACAGUGGUAUCGAAGAAAUCCUUAAUAACUCAAAGCGAAUCUGAAAAGAGUUUCUGAGUUACUGUUUGAAAAUAGCCUUAGCAAGAAACGGUAAAUACUUGAUGUGAAAUUUAGUGCUUUUCGGGUCAUCGUGGAGGCUUUUCAGUAAAAGUAUGCUUGCUUCCAAAUCCAAACCAACUUAUAGUUUCAGGAUGAGACCUAAGUUUCCAAUAUUUUUCGUCGUCUUACAUCAUUAUGUUUGUUAUAUAGUACACGAUAAUCAGAGACUUAUGACUCAUUAGAACUGACCAUUAAGAUUCCAUUCCUUCUGAAUCAACUGCGAAAUAAUUUCUUCGUGUUGGCGGUUCUGAAGCGGUCGAAUUACUUGGAAAGCGGAGCAGCGUGGGCAUUGUAGACUAAAUGCAAAUUAGUGUAAAGCCAAUCUUGCGCAUAAAAAAAUGCAAAUUAUUUGCAGCCACGUCUAGCACGAACAAGAUCCAAUAAUCCAAUAAUCAGUGCAAGUUGACAGAGAUCUGAAUGCGAAAAGGUUGAAAAAUUCAAGGAAGUGCAAAAAACAUACUUCGCUUCUUUAUUAUCAGCAUACGAGACUGACUUCAAUAGUCCACUAAAAAUGGAAAACAACUUUCGAUAUGAUUUGGCAUUGAUGCUAUUUAUUGCUUGGUCUAAUAAUUUAGAAUAAUUCCCGGUCAUUAUUACAUUGUUUUGAAGGGCGGAGCCAGGCUGUCUCACCCAGAGGUUCCUGUGUGCAUGUACGCAUGCGUUACUUUAUAGAAACAAACAAGUAGUAAUAUUGCUUUUUGUAUAGGCCUAAUUAAUUCAAGGACUUUUGGAGUUUUGCAUUGUGCUGUUAUGUUGAUGUUAGGGCGAUAAUUUGUUUAAUUUGGGGACAUGGAUCCAUUCACACCUCAUACAAAGUACUCUCGAAAAGUGUGCAAAUAAUUGAUACCUGAAGGCAGAAUGAACAAAUUCUGAAUAGCAAUGGUUUAGAUUGAAAGAUCUCUUUAAGAUGGAAUCUGGGAAUGAUCAUGUCGAUAAAUUUGUUUGUCCUAAUGACAGGCAGCUGGCACUUAGAGGAAGAUUAGAUAUUGGUUGGUCAACCUUUGCUGAAAAUGUCUACAAAAGAAGUUAUGUUGCACCAAUAAGUGAUGAAGAGCAAGUACGGAUAGCAAAUAUUUUGCUUCAAGCAAAGGAAGUAGAGGAGAAAGAGCAAGAGAGAAUAGGACUUCUUGUUGAUAAGGUGAACAGCUUGAAAGACAACAAAAGAGGUGAUGGAGAAACAUCAUGUCUGGUUUGUGGCAUCAAAAAGGGCUCAUUAAAACCUUGCAUUGUUUGUUCUCAGGGUGUAUGCCCGAAAUGUGUUAAAGAGAGUGCAGAUGCAUCAGGGCUUAAAAGAGUAUUCUGUAUCAUUUGUUGGGAAGAAAGGGAGCUUUGGAAGAAGUCAGGUGCUUGGUUUCUCAAAAGUAUGCCGGUUUUCAUAACCCCAGAAGAACGAUUAGCCAGAAUGAGAGCAGAAGGGUAUGAUGUCCCAGAAGGAUAUGAUCCAGUCAACCUUCUGAAUCCACGAGCAUCUGUGACCACAAGCAUUAGAAGGCCCUCUUUCUUUACGGAAGACGACGAAAUCACAGACGAAUCUGGCGAAGAAACUGAUGAUGAUAUUUCAUCGUACUUCGAGGUAUCAUCUGAUGCUUGCCAAGGAAAAACAAAUGGAUUUAAUCUUGGCAUCGAUGUUAGUGAAGUCAGCAAAGAAAUACCUCGUUCAGUCACGCCACCUGAAAUAUCGUUGAUACCUGAGACACCAGAUUCUCAGCCACACCCAUCUUUUGCAAAUGCGUUUGACCAAGCCGAUGGCUUUGGGUCUAAUGAUUCACUGAGCCCUCGAAUUAGGCCCAGAUCUACUAGCAACAUGUCAGAAAACAAGAAAAAGCUAGCAAUGAAGUUUCGAAAGAAGGGAAAAGAUGCACACUCGCAGAACCCAAAGGACGAGUCUGAAUCAGGGCAGGGAAAAGACGAUCAGGAUAUUGAUCAAAUUUUUAAAAGCUACGAACAAGAAAAUGGUCUAGAAGAAUCAGAAGAAAAACCUGAAUCAUUUGGACCCCUUGGCAUGCUGGAGUUUACGCUGCAAUAUGAUUCGAAAACAUUAGAACUAUUGGUGAUCGUUCACUGUGGAAAGGGUUUGAAGGCAAUGGAUCAUGGGAAGUCUUCGGACCCAUAUGUAAAAGCGCAUCUUUUACCUGGAGCUUUGAAGUCAACGAAGAAAAGAACCCAAACAGUAUUGAAGAAUUUAAAUCCAGUUUUCAAUGAGACGUUGAUUUACCAUGGAAUUUCACAAAAAGACAUUUCGCAAAAGAUACUCAGGUUAUCAGUAAUGGAUGAAAACAAACUUUCAAGCAACGCGUUUAUUGGAGAAACCUGUGUGCCGUUGAAGAGCCUCAUCAAUAGGCCAGUUCAGCGUUUUAGAAGGCUUCUGGAUGAACAGUCUGACCAGCUUGAUUUUGUUCAGGACAUUUCAUAUGAAGAAAUCGUCGACGUUGAUGACAUCCCAGGCCGAAUUGAGCUCGCUCUGCAUUACUUAUCGAAGCAACAAAAGCUUGUAGUUGGAAUCAUUAGGUGCGCUGGUCUCAAGGCGAUGGAUCCCAAUGGGUACUCGGAUCCUUAUGUGAAAUGCUACCUUCUACCAGACCCAAAGAAAAAGUCGAAAAAGAAAACAGCUAUCAAGAAAAAGACGUUGAAUCCUGAGUUUAAUGAGGAAUUUACUUAUGAAAUAUCACACGAUGAACUGGUCAAGAAAACCUUGUGUAUAACAGUGUGGGACUAUGAUGUUGGAACUAAAAAUGACUUCAUUGGAUCCUUGACUUUGGGGAUCAAUGCAAGGGGGGAGGCAUUAAAGCACUGGUUUGAGACAAUGAAGAAAUCUGACAGACGAGUCACUCGCUGGCAUACGCUUUCAUUCUUCAUGCCAAGCGAACUUGAAGAGGUGGAUUAGAAUUUGAAUUACUUGUUUUGAAUUUUUGCGUUAGAUUUUCUCUCGUUAGAAUUAAUUUUUAGUGUAGUUGAAAACUAGGUUUGGUAAUUCGAAAACUGCGGUGUGUAGAUUUGACUUGUUAAGUAAGUAUAGUUUUUAAAGGGCUAAAACCACCGCUCGAAAUCAAUAUAUUAAUUCUUUAUCGUUUUUUUCUUCAAACAGUCAACUUGAUGUCAAAACACUUUGCUACAUAUAUUACAGUUAUUUCAUGCAAACCGCAGAUCAGCACUUUGUCGUUUUAUUUUUUCUUAUGUUUUUACCCUCUCAGCUUCUUUAAAGCAUUGCAUGCUCUAAUUAAACUACUGCUCAUCAACACUCUCAUAUAUUCAACUUAAACCAUUUCAUUUUUGCUUGGUUUUUCAGAGUUUUUCCAAACCUUUCCCCUAAUCAAAAUUUCUCCAAACUGCUAAACAUCAAAGCUUCGUGCACUGUAUUGCACUUUUUCAUCCAUUAUUAUGAAUUUGAGUUGUCCGAUUUGUUAUAAAGUUGGGUAGUCUCUUUUUGCCGUUGUUUUCAAACUUCGAGCACCGUUGCAUGUUGACAACUGUGAGUGAAGUUUUUAGAGCCGUAAGUAGAUGGUUGUGUACAUUCAUACCCACUUCCUCGCUUGUCUUCUUCGUGCAGUUUAAAUUUGUAUAUCCGAUGUAUUUUCCAUUGAUUAUAUGUCAUUAUCAUCAUCAUCAUAAUGAUUUUCAAGGUCAUCACAAAUCAGUCAUUAUCGCCACCUGUCAGUCAUCAUAACUGUCAAUCAUCGUCACUAUCACGGUCCUUUUGAGCAUUUCCCAUUUCUAUGUAACAUAUUAGGUCUUCUUCCAUCACAUUGUUUUUUCAGUAUUCGUUUCAUCAUCUUUUAGUUUAUUUGUAGUAGAUCACUGAACAUGUUAGGGGAGACGAACAAGGUUCAAGAAGCACCGGUUUGAGCUUAAACAUUAUGCUUUAUGCUUUUUACCCAAGCCAAUGUAUAUUAAUGACUCAUUGAUCAAAACACUUAAGUCUGUUGAUCUUCCUAUCAUGAACUUUUCGCUUUGGGCUUAUAGUUUUGGGUCAGAUGUAUUUGUUGCUACAAGAGUAUCAAUUUUAGAUUAUGCUUUUGUCUUCGACACUUUGUAGACUUAAAUUAUGUGAUACCGCAAAGAGUUAUCCAGUAAGAAUAACUCCAAGGACGUUUUCUUUAAAUCACAUUGGAUUAGAGCUUACUCAAUGAUUCCCAGCACAGCUGUUCAUGUUUCAUUUGUUUUUUUAAAUGGAUUCCAUGAUGGUGUACUGACAAGAGGCUCUUUGUUAAUUCUUUUCAAUUCUGUCUAAGGAGCAAAAAGCUAGCAAUAGCAUCUUGGAUUUGGCAUUUUAUCGUACAAUUUUAGAUUGUAACUACUUAUAUUGAAACUAUCGGUUUAUAUCAAAUUUAAUUCCUUUUCCAAUAAUUCUGGGUUAUGAAACCGACUUCAGUUUGCAUCUUCCCAUAUCCCAUCCCUCAAUCUUCUUGUCACGUUUUCUGAACCUCCCAUAGAUGGUUUCUUAAAGACUCACUGCUAACAAUGAGCCAUUGCGCUACGCAAGCAUCCCAUAAUGCAUUUUCAAACAAUUUUGGUUCAUCUGUAGAAGUUUACUGCCAUUGUUUGGAUCGUCGCCACGCUCGCAAAGGCCCAUUGUCAGCAAUGUGUCUUUAACGUUUGAUAAUUAGGGUUUUAUGACAUGGUUUCGUACUUGCAUUCUUCUUAUUAUGCAUACAUUCUUGUAAAUUCGUAUGUUUAUCUUUCAACACUAAUUCAUUUGAAUACUAUUCAGAUUUUUCAAAAUAGCUUGCAACUAUUUUCGACCUAAAGUAUUUUGUAAGAUUAACGCGGGAAUACAUAAUUUGUAAAUGCGACAAUUGAUACAUUGUAUUUGUACACAA